AUAUUUUUUGUAGAGACAGGUCUCACUAUGUCGCCUAGGCUGGUCACAAAUCUUUUUGCUUUUUUUUCCCCCGGGCAGAGCUAGUCUCUGUUUUGCCUACCUCGCCCCCUCCCGGGCCCAGUUAGAAACCUCACCACAUAAUUUCAUUUCUUUCCAAACUUGAAACCUUCCAAACUUUAAACCCACCAAACUCACCACUUGGCGGCGUUGAUCCAUCCGCCCACGCACAAAGAGAAGAUCGCAGAACUUCAGAGUUAAGGGGAGGCGUUUCCCGAAGCGCUAGCCGGCAGUAUUUCCAAGGCGCAAGUUGCGGAGUUUCUGUUUCCUUUUUCCUCUAGCGAGCUUUGCGUUCCCUGUGCACCGGAAGUGAUCCCCUGCGUGGCUGGGCUGCUCGGGUUAGAGCGUCAGGAAGAGCCUAAAGAUUAGACUGUAAGAAAAGAAAAUAGAAGCCAUGUUUCGAAGACCUGUAUUACAGGUACUUCGUCAAUUUGUAAGACAUGAGUCUGAAACAACUACCAGUUUGGUUCUUGAAAGAUCCUUGAAUCGUGUGCAGUUACUUGGGCGAGUGGGUCAGGACCCUGUCUUGAGACAGGUGGAAGGAAAAAAUCCAGUCACAAUAUUUUCUCUAGCAACUAAUGAGAUGUGGCGAUCAGGGGACAGUGAAGUUUACCAAUUGGGUGAUAUCAGUCAAAAGACAACAUGGCACAGAAUAUCAGUAUUCCGGCCAGGCCUCAGAGACGUGGCAUAUCAGUAUGUGAAAAAGGGGUCUCGAAUUUAUUUGGAAGGGAAAAUAGACUAUGGUGAAUACAUGGAUAAAAAUAAUGUGAGGCGACAAGCAACAACAAUCAUAGCUGAUAACAUUAUAUUUCUGAGUGACCAGACGAAAGAGAAGGAGUAGAAAGGAUGAUUCUUCUUUGGCCAUCAUUUGGUACAGUCUCAUUUCCAAGUCAUGUAUAAUCUUUAUCGCUCCCAAGGACAAGAAUUAAAAUACUCUUUUACAUAAAAUGAGUGAUAAUCUUUUUUCUGACUGUCGUUCUCGCUCUCCUUUUUGUGGUAUAAUCUUGGUAGCUACUAUCUGUUAUGGCAUUUACUAGUUGUUUAUUCUUUUGGGGUGGUUUCUAUGUACAGGUAUACAAAAUAGUAAACUUUCAGGCUCAUUUGUGUUAUGGCAAAGGGAUAAAUACGCUUUGGGAAGGUCUCCUGGUUUUUGUAUACACUUCUAUUACAAUGUUGAUUUGUCCACUCAAUGAAUUUACUGAGCAUCACUGUAUGUGAGACAUUUAUCCCAUGUUUGUAAAUAUUGAUUUUCUUACCGUUUUGCUCUGUAGACAUGAAGGCAAGGGCUGAAUCUUCUGUUUGCCUGCACUUUAAACAGUGCUUUACAUAGAAUAGCCACUCAGUAAGCAUUGAUAGAUGGAUCAUCCCAGUGGGAUUCUAAGCUUCAGCUCAAAUUGAAGGGAGUUGCUGAGCAGUGGUUAGUGUCUAACCUAAACAUCUUUAAGACUAACCUACCUUCUUCAUAUCUUUUGUUUUCAGACAGUUUCACUAGUAGAAUUGACGAAACAUAGUUUACCAGCAAUAAGGACCUGAAAUAUAAUUAGAGAUGAAAUUGUUCAUCUCCAGGUGAUGCCACAGGAGCUCUGGUUCUAUUCUUUCUCUGCCCCUCUUAUCUGUGGGGAAAAGAGAGAGAUCUGACUGUUACUGUGUCUAUGUAGAAAGAAGCAGACAUAAGAGACUCCGUUUUGUUCUGUACUAAGAAAAAUUCUUUUGCCUUGAGAUGCUGUUAAUCUGUAACCCUACCCCCAACCCUGUGCUUGCAGAAACAUAUGCUGUGUUGACUCAAGGUUUAAUGGAUUUAGGGCUAUGUAGGAUGUGCUUUGUUAAACAAAUGCUUGAAGGCAGCAUGCUUGUUAAAAGUAAUCACCACUCCCUAAUCUCAAGUACCUAGAGACACAAAACACUGGGGAAGGCCGCAGGGACCUCUGCCUAGGAAAGCCAGGUAUUGUCCAAGGUUUCUCCCCAUGUGAUAGUCUGAAAUAUGGCCUCGUGGGAAGGAAAAGACCUGACCGUCCCCCAGCCCGCCACCCAUAAAGGGUCUGUGCUGAGGAGGAUUAGUAAAAGAGGAAGGCAGUUGAGAUAAGAGGAAGGCAUCUGUCUCCUGCUCGUCCCUGGGCAAUGGAACAUCUCAGUGUAAAACCUGAUUGUAUAUUCCAUCUACUGAGAUAGGAGAAAACCGCCUUAGGGCUGGAGGUGAGACAUGCUGGCGGCAAUACUGCUCUUUAAGGCAUUGAGAUGUUUAUGUAUGUGCACAUCGAAAGCACGGCACCUUUUUCUUUACCUUGUUUAUGAUGCAGAGACAUUUGUUCACAUGUUUUCCUGCUGACCCUCUCUCCACUAUACCCUAUUGUCCUGCCACAUCCCCCUCUCCGAGAUGGUAGAGAUAAUGAUCAAUAAAUACUGAGGGAACUCAGAGACCGAUGCUGGCGCGGGUCCUUCGUAUGCUGAGCGCCGGUCCCCUGCUCCCACUUUUCUUUCUCUA